AUGCUCGGCCCUGCACUCAGUGCGAAAUCCCGCGAUCCGACUUAUUCAACGCCGGUUGGCAACCCCAUGGGUUCCCUCUCAAAGAUGGCUUACUCCACAAACGUCGUGCUGCGCGAUGGUAUUGGCUGCAGCAGAACGGGAAGUCUAAACUCGCCAGCAAGUAUUUCACAUGAUACGGUGUACGAUGGUCCGAGUUCUGCCGACUCAGAUAUUUCGACCCAAUCAAGCAAGGGGCGCUGGAUCCUAUGCACCUCUUUCUACCAGACUAUGUGGUACAACAAUUGGGUACUCGGGGGGAAGGAGAAGAAUAAGGUUCUGAGGGGAGCAACGGAGGCCGGCACCCGACGAGAGCUGGAUGAGAUACAUGAUGUGUUGGCUACAGUUAUCCUGCUGGGGGGAAGUUUGACAUCAGAUGAAUGGCGCGCUCUGGGAGUGCUAUACGAACCGGCUGCAAUCCCACCUGUGCUGCUUAAGGCAGCUGACCCGGUCCACCCCGGUGCUGCUCGCAACUACCUGAAGCUCGCCACUGCCAUCAAGAUCUACCUACGCCGCGAGAUCACAGAAUCCGACCUGGUACGGGCAGCGGACGUGUACAGGGACUUCUUUGAAGAGUUUGUGCAGGUCUCACAUUCGGUUCAGAUUUACGGCAAAGCCAACGUCACGCUAACCUUCCACUGGAUCACUCACAUGACGGAGCAGAUCUGGCGUUUCGGACCUGUGCAUGGCUUCUGGACGUUUUUGUUUGAGUGCCUGAAUAAGGUGCUCAAAGGAUACGAAACAAAUGGACACAAGGGAGGAGAGGCCGAGUGGACAUUUGCAAGAGAGUUCAAGCGUGAAACAGGCUUGUCUCGCUUGGUGGAACACCAUCCUCGCAGGUCAGAGUCAAGAUCCGCUGGCCCGUCUUUUGCCGUUGAGCUGCAAAGGCGCUCGAGAGAUAUCGCACGUAUCGGCACGCUGGCUGCUAUGACUGCAGAAGCGCAGGAUGAAGCUGCAGUCAGUCUAGGCCAGCGUCUCGAGGAAGCUGCAUCUUAUCAGCACCCCGGUGACCCCACUGCACCACGAGGCAGUGUCUUCCUCAACAGUCAAGGCGACUUCCAUUCCGAGCUGUGGCUAGAAGGGAAACAGAUUGUUCCCUGCAUCGAGGAGAAGAUCUCCAAGUCCGACUCACUUGUACUUUGUCAGUUUCGAGAGGGUGUGCAGUGGCCAGGUUUGGUUGACGUGCAAGAGUUCACCAUUGUCGCCUGGCUGGUGCCCCUUCAAGAUACUCCUCCCCAUGCCAACCUGUACGUCGACUUCAAGGAGCUCGAAGUCGGCUUUUGGCAAUACGCACAGUACCAGCAGCUGGCCGAUGUGGGCCCGGACGCGAUUAUUCCAGCCUGCGACAUAUGUGGGACAGUAGCUCGGUAUACGAUGGAAGUAGGAGGAUGCAAGAUGUGGAUUACUACGGGAUUGAGCAAGCUGGUGUGGUUUGUAUGGUAA